UUAAUUGGAUGGACAUGUGCAGAAUCUUUAGUCUUGAUUUUAAAUUUCUAGGGCACUUUGGAUGGGGAGAAGAAAUAGCUGUGAAGAGGCUAUCAAAGAACUCUGCACAAGGACUAUCGGAAUUCAGAAAUGAAGUCAUUUGUAUAGCCAAAUUACAACAUCGUAAUCUUGUGAAACUCCUGGGAUGGUGCAUUAGUGGGGAAGAAAAGAUGUUGAUCUAUGAAUACAUGCCUAACAAAAGUUUGGACUUCUUCAUAUUUGAUCAAACCAGGAAAAAGUUACUUGAUUGGCCAAAACGCUUCAACAUAAUUAAUGGAAUUGCCCGAGGGUUAUUAUAUCUCCAUCAAGAUUCUCGACUAAGAAUUAUUCAUAGAGACCUCAAAAGUAGUAAUAUUUUGCUUGAUGUUGACUUGAACCCAAAAAUAUCCGACUUUGGUUUGGCUUGGAGUUUAGUAGGAAAUGCAACUGAAGAUAACACAAAACAAGUUGUUGGAACCCAUGGGUAUAUCUCUCCAGAAUAUGCAACACAUGGGAUCUUCUCAAUUAAAUCAGAUGUGUUUAGCUUUGGAGUUUUGAUGCUAGAGAUAAUUAAUGGCAAGAGAAAUAGCGAAUUUUCAAAUAAAUAUGGAUAUGAGAACCUUCCUGGGCAUGCAUAGAAGCUUUAUAAAGAAGGAGAAUCACUCACACUAGUUGAUGAGCAUAUAUCUGAUUCAUAUGAUGUAGCUCAGGUUCUAAGGUCAAUACAUGUUGGUCUUUUAUGUGUUCAAAAAUCUCCACAAGAUAGACCAAACAUGUCUUCUGUUGUUCAAAUGCUGGUUAAUGAAGAUGUGUUGCCUCAACCUAAAGAGCCUGGCUUCUUCGUUGACAGAAGGGAUGUUUUUAACUCAAAGAGUUCUUCAGGCAAACAUGCAACAAGUUCCCUCGUUAAUAAAUGCAUAACUUAGAUUCUUUAAAUUGGCUUAGAAUUUAAAUCAUCUUAAGAUAUUCAACUACACAUUUAUUCCAUAUGUUUGUUUCAUAAUGUCAUCUUCCCAUUUGGUAUCA